AUGACAAAGUUGAAAAAUGGCAUAUUUUGUUUAUCAGAUAAAAAAUGGUAUAAAAAUGACGAAAUGAAGAAUAGUAAAACAGCAAAAAAAUAUAUUUACAAAUGUAUAGAUAUAAGGAGAAUAGAAAAACAUUAUCAAUCAAAAAAACUGGAAAAUUAUUACACAUACAUAAAUUUAUAUGACCAUAUUUUAUUAAAAAAUUGUUAUAAAAAUGAAGGAAAUGCAAUUGAUUUUAAUUUUUCAAGUAUAAAAAACAACAAUGAUGAGAUAAAUAUAGAACAAAAAAACAUUAAAAAAAAAAUUGGGUCUAUAUUUGAUGGUUAUUCUGUAACAAGUGUAUAUGUUUUUGAAACUCUACUUUUCCUUGCUUUAUCAGAUGGAAUUAUUAACAUUUUUGAUAAACACUUUAACUUGAUUUUGCAAAGGAAACUAAACAAUUUUAACAUUAAAAAUGUAUCAGCAAAUAAAAAAGAAAAUACAAUAUGCUUUGUUGGAAGUUCAGAUGAUAUAUAUAUUCUCUAUUUAGAUGAAAUAAGCAAUCAAAAAGAGGAAAAUGAUAUAAAUUUUGAGGAUAAAAAAAAUAUUAAUGGCAUUUCUAUGGAUGGUGUAAAAUAUGUAGCCAAUACAACCACUACUAUGGUUGGCACAGAAUUCGAUAAUACCACUAUCCAAUUCAAUAAACAAUUUUACAAAAAUUUAAAUAAAAAUGAAAAAAUAUUUGUGAACGCUUUUAUUUAUAAUAAUAUAGUUAAGUACAAUAUCAACAAAUUAAAUAAUUGUGUAAUUAAUCCAUAUUUUGACAAUUAUGAAAAUAAUAAUUUAUGUAUAUUAUCCUCAAAUACAACUGUAUCAAUUUUACAUGUCUAUGGAUUUUAUAUAAACAAUACUAUAUUAUUUAAAGAUAAAGAUAUUUAUAAUAUUUACUGGUAUAAUUCAUAUAUUUUUAUUUGCAAACAUGAUUCAAUAUAUAUUAUUAAUUUUUUUUAUAAAACUAAAAUUGCUAAUAUGAUUUUGUCAUAUCAACUGUCUUCUUUUGAGAAUAUGGGAACUAUACCCUCAUUUAGUAAGAAGGCAAAAGUAGGUGAAAUAAAAAAUGGAAUGAUUGAAAAAAACAGUUUUAAUUAUCCUAUAUUUAUUCGUGAAGCAGAAAAAGAAAUGUAUGUAAUAGGACGAGAAAAAAAUAUUAAAGUUUUAAAAUUGGAAAAAAAAAAUCAAACAGAACAAGUAAAAGUUAUAUAUGAUUUUUUUAUACCUAAUUAUAUAAUUAAUAUGCAUAUUUUUUAUAAUAAAAAUAUGGAUAUAUUAUUAGGUGAUCAAAAAUAUUAUAUAUCUGUAAUAACACAUAUAAAUGAAAAUUUAACAAAACCGGAAAAUAACAAAAAGUGGAAUAAUUCUUCAUUUGGUCAUAUUAUAUUAACAAGCAAUAAUUAUAUAGUCUAUAAGAAUAAUAUAAAUAUUAAAAUCAGAAAUAGUAAAGAUGUGCAUAUGAUAAAUAUGAAUGAUAAUCGAGAUGAAUAUAUUUGUAGUAACAACCAUGAAGAGAGUAAACAAAUAAACGGAGAAAAAUAUGUAGAUCCUCACCACAGUAAAUUACAACACAUGCAAGACCAAGCUUACAUUAACACAUCCACUAUAAAUGAUAUUACUGUUGACAACUAUACAACCUUCCCAAUCUUUCAAUAUUGCAAAUAUAGCAAUUAUAACAAAAUAAAGAGCAAAAAGAAAAGGGCAAACAAUGAGAGUAAUUUUUGCCUAUACAUUUAUCACAAUAAUAAUGUAAUUUCAAAUAAUUUCACUUUGAAUAGGAACAAUAGUAAAAGUGGUAUGUGCAUGUUUUUGAUGGGGUUUCGAGAAAAAAAUGUCAAGGAAAUAUUUACCUAUUUAUUAGUAGAAAAAAGAAAAAAUAUAUUUACUAUUUUAAAUAAACUUAAAAAGGAAGAAAUAAACAGAUAUAAUAAUGAGAUAACUAAUAUUAUUGUUGAAAUAAUUUAUUUGUGUUUAAAAUGUGGAAAGUAUUAUUUGGCUGCAAAAAUAUUUAUUAAAUUCAACAAACAUUUGAAUAAUAAAGAAACAGUAACUUAUGAUAUUAUUAUGCUUUUCUUUUUUUUUAAUAAAUUGCACAUUUUGUCAAAGUUUUAUAUUAAGCUUAAAUGUCAGGAAAAAGUAAAAAAUAAAAAAAAACUAUAUAAAUAUAUUUAUUUAUGUAAAACGGAAAAUAAUUGUACUACUAUGGAGUUACCACAUAUAUUGGGAAAUAAAUAUAGAAGAAAGAAUAAUUAUAAAACAAAAAAAAAAAAAUAUAAAAUAAAAAGUAUAGUGUACGUUAUUUAUCGUGUAAUGCGUAUUAUUAAAAAAAAUAAAUUGAAAAGAGAAAAUGAAAAAGAAGGUAAUGGGAAAAGAAUAAAAAAAAAAAAAAAAUAUUUUUUUUUUAAUACAAAAAAUAUAUUUAAUAAAUUUUUAAUUCUAUUAUUAUUAAAUAAUGUUUAUGAAUUCAAUAAAAUAUAUAAAUGUUCCCCUACUCACUAUUUAAAUAUUUUUAAAUUAAGUAAAUAUAUUAUUUCCUAUCUUAGAAAUAAUAUAGAUUAUUUAAAAAAAAAUAUAUUAAACCUGUUUAAUUUUUUUGAUCUUACAUCAUUGUUGAGUAGAUAUAAUAUAAAAACUAAAGAGGAAGAAAAUAAUCAAGUAAGGGAUACAACAAAAAUAAAAAAUAACGGUACUAUACAUUCUAUUAACUAUAACAAAAGCCAAAAUCCAAAUUUUGACAAAUUUCCUUUAGUGUGUUGGAAAAAAAAAAAAUUUGAAAAAAAAAUACUCUUAGAUAUCCUUCUUAACAUACUUUUUAAAUGUAAUAACUCUUACCCAAUUGAAGUAUUAUUAUGUAGAACUCAAGAAGAGAAUAAAAAACAAAGGAAUGAUCAUAAUUCAUUAAGAAGAUAUAUGCAUGAAAUAUCCAAAGAUCCGAUAAAGAAGAAAAAAACAAAUAAUAUUUAUAACAAAAAUCAAAAUAAUUUUAUAAUAAACUCAAGUAGUAAUAUUAUAGCAUCAGAUAAUUUUCCCCUUUCUAGGGAUACUUUUAUUACAAGCCCAGGGGAAGUACCAUAUUCGUCUGAUAAAUCGGAACAUAAUGAUAAAAAUAAUAAAAACAAAAACAAUAGUAGUAUUUCCAUAAAUAUGAACUACACACAAUCCCACGAAGAAUAUUAUAAAGGGGAAGGAGUAGAAAAAAAAAGGAAGUCUCAAAUUGGUGAAGGAAAUGAAAUUGGCAAAACAGAGAGACACACAGGAUACACAAACUAUAAUGAAUGGAAUAAAAAAGUAACUUCAAACAAAUAUAAUGACAUAAAAAAAGAAAAAAUAAUUAAUAUGCUAAUAGAAAGAAAAGAUGAAACAGUAUUUAAUUACCUCAAUCAAUGUAAUUGUCAAUGUUUAAAAAAAAUCAUAAAUAAAAAUGUAAAUAAAUUAUGUAAAAUUAAUAUAAAAAAAACAAUUCCUUUGUUAUUUAUUAAAAAUAUAAAAGGAAAGGAGACAAACAAAUGGAAAUAUUUUUUUAAUCCUAAUAUUAUUAUUAAGAAAUUAAAAAAAAAUCCUUACUUUUUAUAUAGAUAUUUAAAAAAACUUCAAAAUAUUGAAUAUUUAACAUUAUAUAUUGAUUUAUUAAUUUUUUUAAUAUUUAUUUUUGAUCCGUUAUUAUUAAUAAAAUUCUUAAAUAAACAUUACAAGUAUAUAAAUUUUAAGAGGCUACAUUUUUUUACGUCCUUUUUUAAUUAUUUUUAUCUUACUCUCGAAAAUGCACAUAUAAAUCAUAAUGGUCAUAAUAAUGGAACUUCUUUUGAUAAACAAUCGGAGUCUAAUUCAUUUCAAAUAAACACUGACGAAGUAAAUAUAAAGGAUGAAUCUCCAUAUUCCCAUAAAUUACCCAUAGAACCAAGCGGUGAAAAUGAGGCAGUAAAAAGUGAAAAUGAAAAAGACACUACUCCUAAGUAUGAAGAUAUAAAUAAUGCAAAGAAAAUGGAUGAAACACUGAAUAGUUUGAAAAUCGAAGAAGAAUGGAUGGGAAGAAAAAAUAAAAAAAAGUUAAAGAAAUAUUUUAAAAAUGAACAUAUAAGUUUGUUAUAUAACUAUUUACUUAAUAAUAAUGUAGAAAAAAAUAAAUUAGUAGAUUUAUUUAAUUUUAUAAAAAAUGAAUCAAAAAAAAAUAAAAAAUAUUCCCCCCAAAUAAACCUUUUUCUACAUGCUGAAGGAUAUAUAUAUAUAAAACUUGGAUAUAUAAAUAAAGCUAUAGACAUAUAUAGAAAAUUAUGUAACUAUGAAGAAGUUUAUUAUCUUAUUAAGCGUUAUAAUAUAUCGGUGCAAGAAAAUAUAAUAAAAGAGGUCGAGAAAUUUCUACUAUUAAACAGUUAUAAUUCUAUGGAAAAUAAAAUGGAUACUAAUUAUUUAAAUGGAAAUAUAAAGAGAAUAUAUAAUGCUCAAAAAGAGUUAAACAAUUUUGAUGAAGAAACAAAUGAGUGUACUCCUGAUCUAAACCCAUUUAAUUCAAAAAAAAAUGAAAAAACAAAUAAAUUAAAGAAUAAAAAUUAUAAAGAUAUUAAAAAUGAAGGGAAUAUGAUUAAUUAUUACAUUAGUAAUAGUAUCGAUUGUGAUAAUAUGGAUAAAGAAAUUAUGCAUAAAUUAUAUUCAAAAGAAGGAGCAAAAAAAACAAAGAAAAAAAAAUGUAAAAAUAGGGAAAUUGAUAUAGUAUGGGAUAAUGAUAAAAAGAAAAUGAAAAAAAUUCGUAGAAAAUUUUUAAAACAUUUUUUACUCGACAAUAUGUGUAAAGACAUGAACUAUAGUACAUUAGUUAAUAUGCUUCAAGAUUUAUAUUAUAAAAAUAAUAUUUUAGUAAGUUAUAAUUCUAUAUUAAGCAAUGAUAAAGUAAAUGUUUUCAACAUGCUUAAUGAAAUAAAAAAAAAAGGGUAUAUUAUAUAUAAUGGCAAAAUAAAAAAAGAAGUUAAAAAAAAUGAAUUAAAGUUAAUAAACAUAAAUGAAGAUUAUCUUUUUAGUAAUAGUGAUUAUGGAAGUAAACAAAAAAAUAUGAUAUUUGAUGAGUAUAUACCACAAAGUUCAAGUCAAAAUAAUUAUUUAGAUAAACAUAAUGAAAGAACUUAUAGUACACAAAAAGAAAUACCAUCAAAUUAUUAUCUAUACGAUGAAAUACGAAAAAAAACGCAUGUUUCAGAAUUAUCUUCUUUUUGUAUUGCAUGUUUAAAUAAUAUAUAUCAUGAUGCAGGUUUAUUUUCAAAAAAAAAAAAAAAUAUAGACCUAAAAAGUAACCAUAAAAUUAAAAAUAAUAUUGUCUUUUUUUUUUGUAAUCAUAUUUAUCAUUUAAGAUGCUUGAAGGGCGAUGAAUUUGUAUGUGAAAUAUGUUCGUAA